AUGGCGCCCGCGCAGCGCCCGCUGCUGCCGCUGCUGCUGCUGCUGCUGCCCCUGCCGCUGCCGCCGCCGCCGCCCCUCGCGCGCGCCGAGGACCCCGCGCGCGCCGGCGCCGACCGCUACGCCGUCUACUGGAACCGCAGCAACCCCAGGUUCCACGCGGGCGCGGCGGCCGACGGCGGCGGCUACACGGUGGAGGUGAGCAUCAACGACUACCUGGACAUCUACUGCCCGCACUACGGCGCGCCGCUGCCGCCGGCCGAGCUCAUGGAGCACUACGUGCUGUACAUGGUCAACAGCGAGGGCCACGCCGCCUGCGACCACCGGCAGCGCGGCUUCAAGCGCUGGGAGUGCAACCGGCCCGCGGCGCGGGGGCCGCUCAAGUUCUCCGAGAAGUUCCAGCUCUUCACGCCCUUCUCGCUCGGCUUCGAGUUCCGCCCGGGCCACGAGUACUACUACAUCUCUGCUACACCACCCAAUGCUGUGGACCGACCCUGCCUGCGGCUGAAAGUUUAUGUGCGACCAACCAACGAGACCCUGUAUGAAGCCCCCGAGCCCAUCUUCACCAGCAAUAACUCGUGCAGCAGCCUGGGCAGCUGCCCACUCUUUCUGAGCACUGUCCCGGUGCUGUGGACCCUCUUGGGCUCCUAGUGCUAGCCCCGCUGGAUGCUGGCCCUGCUGGACAGCCCGCCUCCGAGACCAAAUAGAGACGCCGCUUCUCCCACUGGUGCUGCCCCUGCCAGGCAGGGGGCUUCUACCCACCCGCCCCAGGACCAGCCUCUGGGGUGGGGGGCAGCCAAGGCCCCCCCACCGAUGCCCGAGGGGUGGGUGUCGGCUCAGCCCUUGGCCAAGGCAUCUUGUCGGGACAUGGAGAACCUGAGAACCUCUUGGGGAUGUGUGUGUGUGAGAGAGAGUGUGUGUAUGUGUGUGUGUGUGUGUUUAGUGUAUUUUUCAUGGUUGGAUCAGAAAGACUUGAAUUUUAAAUUUAAUUUAUUUCUUGCUGUCACCAGUGACUUUGGGACGGAAACAGAAUGGACGAGGUUGGGGGUCCCUUGCCGCCUCAGGGAGGGACAGGCUGGUCUGAGGUGGAACGGGCAAGUGGCGAGACUCCAACUCUGGUUCGGGGUCCUUGGAUUCCUGCCCCCCAGCUCCACCUUCACGCUCGCUUGAUAUCUCCUAGAGUGGAAACCCACGAUAUUUCACCAGAGAGCCUGGUCCUCUCGGAAUUACAGCACCCCACUUCUUAGAAACUGCUUAGCCCCCCCCAACCCCUCGUUGAGUGGUUGUCUCCAAGGCUGAGAAGACAUUGUUUCUGUAAAUAGAGCCAGCAGGUAUAUACUGUGAUUUCUUUUUAUCAUAUUCCUGAGGUUGGACUGGAAAGUUUCUUUGUCUGUUCCCACCCUUUAUGGGGGGGGGCUUUUAUGUUGGUGGGGGGGUGGACUUUUUAGAGUAGGAGCUGCACUUCGCAAUAAGUUCAUUGUCUGUCGGGGGCCCCUCCCUCUACCCUGUGACCUAAUAACGUUUCUAAGAAAAAAGAAAAAAAGACAAAAGGGGGGGGGAGCACCAUCCAGAAAAAAUAAGAACCCCCUCCCAAAGACACUUUAAUGAAGCAAACAGCGCAUUUAUACAAGAUUUACUAUUUCUACCCCCUUUCCUGAUCUGUGUUUUAUAUAUAUUAUAUAUAAAUAUAUAUUGUGCACGGCUGCUGGGAGAUGGCCCAGGCACACCAGGUGGGGGGCUUUUGUAGGGGUUGGCAUGGGCGGGCGGCGUUGCCAUGCCUGGAGCUGGCAACGGGGCUUCCCUCCCUCCCUUCACAAUCAACUUUGGAUUCUGUAUUUUUUUAUAAUAAAAUGAGUGUCAACCUCAAGGGUAUGCAUCUGUGCUUGGGGCCUUGACCCUGCUUGCAGGAACAUUUCGACCUACUUGGAAUCUGGAAUAUUUCAGGAAGAGGUGUCUUUUAGGAACGCAGGGGCAGAUCUGAUUCUUUGGUUUUGUGUAUCAUUUG